GUUAGGUUCCCUCCCGUCCCCGUACCCGCUGCCGUACGCCGCUUCGAUGGCUGCCGCCGGCACCGCCACCACUUCGUCUUCCCACCUGACUUCGCCGUCGUCUUUGCCGCUUUACUCUUUUGGGGUUCCCUGGCCUGAACUCAACGAAGGACUUCUGUACACUGACGUCGUCCGAUCCAGCGGCAGUGGUCUCACUACGACUCUGAUUGAGUUCUACUCCACCAAGUACAAGAAUUCGGCACCAUUGCAAGGCUGGUUUCAGAGGAUUCAGAAUGGUCAGAUAACGGUUAAUGGGGAGGUAGUUACAGAUCCUAUGUACAUGCUUAGAGAUGGUCUCCAAGUUGUUUACCAUCGUCUUCCUUGGACAGAGCCUUCCACACCAUACUUGCUUGAAGUUCUUUAUGAUGAUAAUGACAUGGUUGCUUUAAAUAAACCGUCAGGUUUGCAAGUUCUACCUGGAGGCCUUUUUCAGCAGAGAACUGUUCUAAUGCAGCUUCAAUGGAAAGAAUGGAAUUUUCUCGCAUGUAACAGUUCUAAAAGAUCAAAGUCACAAGAAACUCAUCCUGUUCCCGUACAUCGAUUGGGGAGGGGCACAUCAGGUAUAUUGCUUUGUGCUAAGACAAAACUUGCUAAGUGUCGUCUUGCGGCCUAUUUUGCUAGUGGUGCCAUAUUUGCUGGGGAUGACAGGGGUGAAAUGGAGCUUGGUAAACCACGAAACAUCUCAAAAUACUAUCGAGCAUUAGUUGGUGGUAUUAUUAAAAAAGAUGAGUUGGUAAUCAGGCAGCCCAUUGGUACAAUCAAUUAUCCAGGAGUAGCGAAGGGACUUUAUGUAGCUUCUUCAUCAGGGAAGCCAGCACUGAGCAGAAUGCAAGUUCUUGAAAGAGAUGAUCAGAGAAACCAAACUUUGGUGCAGGUUGAGAUCCAUUCUGGUCGACCACAUCAAAUUCGCAUCCAUCUUGCAUUUGUUGGCCAUCCACUUGUAGGUGAUCCUCUUUAUGACAUUGGUGGGCAACCUAAAGCUUUUGAGUCGGAGUCUAUCGGUGAUUGUUUUGCGAAUGAUGGGGGAUAUCAGAAGCCAAUGCAAGCUGUACCUGGAGAUUGUGGUUAUUACUUGCAUGCACAUAAGCUCUUCCUUGAUCAUCCAAUUACAAGUAAGAGAGUAGAAAUUGUUGCUCCACUGCCUGCCAUCCUCCAGACAGAAGCUGAGCGACAUCAAAACAUAUAAUCAGUGCAAGCAAUGAAGCCCUUGAAACAUGUCUCACUCAUUAUUGCUCUCAAUUAUUGGAAAUUUUCCAUAAGUUUUGGUCAUUACAUCAAAUGUCAAUCAUUGCUGGAGGAUGGUUAUGUAAUUUCUUUUAUGUAUAUUUGUUUAUGAGAAUUAUGACCGCUUCAUUCUCAAAUUAACCAUAUCUUUUUGUUCUAUUGAAGGAUGGCAUACCUUAUUUGAUAUUGCUCAGAAUGUCAAAACUACUUCGUCGUGGUUUUGACUUUAAACCACUAUUUAAA